UUAUCUUGGUUUGCACAAGCUGAGCUAAUACACAGCAGAUGGGCAAUGCUUGCUGUGUCUGGAAUUCUGAUUCCAGAAUGGCUAGAAAGUCUGGGGUUUAUUGAGAAGUUCUCUUGGUACGAUGCAGGAGCACAAGAAUACUUCGCAGAUUCCACAACUCUGUUUGUGGUGCAAUUGGGGCUAAUGGGUUGGGUUGAAGGACGGAGAUGGGCAGACAUAAUAAAACCAGGGUGCGUGGAUAUAGAACCGAGUUUUCCACAUAAGAAGAAGCCAGAGGUCGAUGUUGGCUAUCCAGGCGGGCUUUGGUUCGACCCUUUGAUGUGGGGUAGAGGGUCACUGGAGCCAGUGAUGGUUCUUAGGACUAAAGAGAUCAAGAAUGGUCGGCUUGCCAUGCUUGCAUUCAUUGGGUUUGUUUUUCAGGCAAUUUAUACAGGACAAGGCCCUUUAGAGAAUCUUUCAGCUCAUAUUGUUGAUCCAGGACACUACAAUGUCUUCUCGGCUUUCACAUCGCACUAGUGCUUGCUCUGCAGUAAGGAAGGAGCGCCAAGAAUUUACAUGCCAACGAUGCUGUGUUUCUUCUUGUCUUCUUGAUUUUGUCCAUUUGCAAAUGUAAAUAUUAUUUGAAAAUGACCAUUCGGAUUAUUUGUUGGUCAAAUCUCGAUGUGCUCUUAAUGAAAAGAUACGAAAUUCAUG